UAACAUUAAACGAGGAACGAAUAAUGUUCGACUGCUCAACUCCGCUGUAAUAAAUGAUUUUACAAUGCUCACCUACAGACAACCCUUGAAAGCUAGAGAUAGGUAUGAUCUGGAAAUUUAUACAAACCAAUCUCAGGCAGUUAUCUGGGCAGUAGGUCCAGUAAAUAGCCAGGGGGAGGUUUCCUAUCAUCAGAAGCGAAUUCGGGAUGAUUUAUUCGUUGAUUUUGGCCGAAUACCACAAUGGAACUGUCCUAUCGCCGGGAAACCGGCUCCUAAGAAGGAGCAGGUUCGCGGCGGUUCCCGCCCCACUCCGGCACCCGUCGCUAAACCCGCCAAGGCCUGGUUUAUACCACCGAUCCAGUGUUUUGAACCAGAGGAUGGAGUUUUCUUUGCUCAGAUUGGACCGACAGGCGGAGAUAGUGGAUACUCUUCUAUUACGGGUCAUGUAGGUUGGGGGAUUUCAUGGUACAUUAAUGGUUUGCUGAUUCCUGAAAUUCACGUGGUUCGUGGGAAAACCUAUACUUUUGUUGUAGAGGGGGGAGAUAACCCAGAAUUUGCUGGAGGUUAUCAUCCGUUUUAUAUAACUGAUGAUCCCGAGGGCGGAUAUGAAUAUAAAUCGGCGGAAGAACGGCGGAGUAUUAGAGUAUUUGCCGGUCUGGAGCAGAACCGGAGAGGAGAUGUUGUUCCAACUGCAACAGGUCGUCUUUGUGAGUGGAAGGAGGAUCCCCGUCAACCUGGGAGCCAAUUUACUUCUUUUGGAGCAUAUCAAAGAUCUCUCAGUCUAAACUGUCAAGAAGGUCAGCCCGGCAUAGUGCAGUGGAAACCUGACAGGCAUACACCAGACGUGGUUUAUUAUCAGUGCUUUACACACAGGUACCUUGGCUGGAAAAUCAUUGUUAAUGACGACUGCAAUACAUAGAGACUGGACUCCGCAGUUAGAAUUAUAUAAUUAUAUAAUUUUAUAAUUAUAUAAUCAUAUAAUUUUAUAAUAAUAUAAUACUAGAUUACAAGGAUAGGACAAUGUAUAAUUAGUUGUUGCAGCUCUGGAGCUUUUCAUGUUUUCAACAUGGAAAUUUUACAGCGUUAAAUUUAGAUUAAAUUCAAUUGCAUGCACGAAACGCGUCAAAAGCGUCCACCAUUUUUCCCUGAGGAGAAAUCCCCUAAUUUUUUUAAGCACCCACUGACCAUUUACGCUCAAAUGUUGUCAUGUAAAUUUUAAACAGGCUCCAGAAACUGUACAAUGUACUGUAACGUUUGUCAUAUCCAUGUAAUUUGGGAUUUUCAAGAUAUAAAUGUACUAGUUUUCUAAAAGUUUUCUAGUCAUUUGGGCAUUAUACGCAUUAGUGAUAGUAUAGUUAAACUAAAAUUCUAUGGGCAUUAAUACAAAAGGGUUGUAACUUGUAAGUUUAGACAAUGAUAUAAACAUUAUGGCAUUAAAUAACUGUAACGGGAAUGCAAUAUGACAUUUAUUUAUUUAUUUAUUCAAAAAUGUAUCAGAUUUAAACUGUAAAAAGUAA